UAGUGUUUACAUCUCUAAUGCCAAUUGGCAAAAAAGAAAAGAAUCUCGCAAUAUUGGUUUUGUUGUUUCAGCCAAAGUUAUUUUUUAAGGUAGCAAUUCGAUAGCGAUGCCCGUGCGCAAGUACCGCCGCGAGACCAGCGAAAUAAGCUGCUGUCUUAAGUACCUGCUGUUUGCCAGCAAUGUGAUCCUUUGGCUGGCGGCCCUGGUGGUCCUCUCGGUGGGCAUCUGGGCUUGGAGCGAGAAGGAUAUGUUCAGGAACAUCGCGCGCCUGCACUUCAUUGCUCUAGAUCCGGCCUUUGUGUUGAUCAUGUUGGGAGGCGUCGCCUUCCUGCUGGGCUUCCUUGGCAGCGUGGGUGCCCUGCGAGAGAACACUUGUCUCCUGGCAGCGUACGCCAUAUUUUUGAGUGUGCUGCUCAUCGCCGAGAUCGGCUUCUGUGCCCUGGCUUUCGUGCUCAAGGACAAGGGCUGGAUCAAGGAUCAAGCCACCGAGGGCCUGAAGGCCUUUAUCAGGCAUUAUCGCGAGGACGCAGACCAGCAGAACCUCAUCGACUGGAUCCAGGAGGACUGGUUGCAGUGCUGUGGUAUCGAUGGGCCCAAGGACUGGGACAGUAACAACUAUUUUAAUUGCUCAUCCAUUGCCAUUGGCAGCCGGGAAGCGUGCGGCGUGCCCUUCUCUUGCUGUCGCCGACGUCCCCAGGAGGUGAUCAAGAAUAAGCAGUGCGGCUACGAUGUGCGCAAGGAGGGAUACCCCGUGGAUAGGAAUAUACAUGAGCGCGGAUGCUUGCGCGCCGGCGAAGAUUGGCUGGAGGCUCAUCUUAUUAGUGUAGCAGUCUGCUCUGUGAGCCUGCUCGUUAUGCAGGGCAUGGAACUGUCCAGGAUAAUUUAUGAAAAGGGAUGCGUCCAAGCUGGCGAAGAAUGGAUGGAACACAAUUUAAUUAUUAUUUCCACUGCCGUUAUUGUUGUGAUGUUUUUCCAGAUCCUGGGCAUUUGCUUUGCUCAAAACCUGCGCGCCGAUAUCUACAACCAGAAAUCAAAGUGGCACUGACAAAUGGCCCUUGCUGUCGUUCCCACAGCACUCUAGAAAUGGAUGAACGGAGGAGGACCUCGAGCCGGAAACUAAAACUACUCAUCUACGCUUCGGUUAGUUAACUACUACUAUAAAUACCUUAUCUACCCAAUACGCUCCUGCAAUCGCCAAUAUACAGCCGUAGCUAUGUGUCUAACUAUAGCGAACGCAUUCCGUCUUCGUGGACAAUGACUUACAUAUAUUAACUAGGUUGCCAAAUUGUUUGCUGUUCUUACGUCGGCUUCUCUCUGCCCGAAAGCCAAACUGAGAAACAAGUGCAAAACAGUUUUAUACAUUUUCUAUACAUUUUACAAUGAAAAGGAGGCAUACGAAAAGCGAAAGAAAAAUUAACUCAAAAUGCAACUGUGAUAUAUUUUUUAACGAAAUGUAUAGAGAAACGAACGAACAAUGAAAUGCAACAAUUUUUAACAAAUGAUAAAAACUGAACACGACGCAAAACCCAUUCUUAAACCGAACACAACUUCAACCUAGCACCGCAGAUGUCUGUCUUAAGUAAUAAUCGUUAUUUUUAUAACUGAAAACUAAAUACCUUUUUUAUGUGGCACAAAUACCGAGAUAUAAGAAGUACCAGCAAAAGCAAGUUAGGUUCGGCAAGUGGAAGUUUUUAUACCCAUGCCACGUCCAAAUCUCGAAUCAUUUGCUUUAGCUUAAGCCUUAAAAACAUCAAUAUUCGAUUCUGAGCCAUUUGCUCGUAUGGCAGCUGUAGUUUAUAGAGCCAAGUGUAGUUUCAUCCUUGAGCUUUGUACCUGCUUGGAAGGGUAUUAUUUAAUGCAUGGUUAGUCAAUCCAAGGCCGAUUACCAGGGACCUUAUCUGUCCGCGAUAUUUAAACAAUGAGCGGAGAAACCGAAAAUCCAACCAAGUAAAUUAUAAUAUACACUGCAGAGGUAUAAUAAACAUCAGUUUGCUUUUUUAAAAUGAGCUUAAACUACAAAGAUGCUUAAAGAAAACAAAAUGUAGGAAUACACACACAUGUAUAUUUUCUGUUUUGCAAAGAUCACAAGAAGCUUAUGCAGUUCUGGGUUAAUUAUGGGUAAUAAGUAUUUUUUACAUUUUGUUCAAGAGCCAGAAGUGUUCACUUUUUCAUCUUAUAUGUCGGACUUAUCAAACUGUUAACGUAAGAAAUUAAAAAAAAACUGUCCAGUAUUUGAUUUUAAAGAGCCUGGAAAUCCAAUUAACUGCCAUAUAUAAGCAC